UUCCAAAUCAAAGAAACUUCUCUGUUUUUCACUCUCUCAUAACAAACCAAUCGUUCUCCUAUAAAGAUGGCUGAUAGCUCCAAUCUUGAAAUUUAAGAAAGCAACUAACAAAGAACAAAAAAAAUGGAAACACUGACAACAAGCUCUGUUUUGACAGCAGUAGUAUGCAUUACUGUCGUGACAGUGUUGAUUAAAGUGGUGAAUUGGGUGUGGUUAAGGCCCAAGAAGCUAGAGAGACUGCUUAGACAGAAAGGUUUCUCUGGCACUUCUUACAAAUUUUUGUUUGGAGAUAUCAAAACUUUUGUCACAAUGCGUGAAGAGGCCUUAAAAACUCCCAUGGAUAGGUUCUCUGACGAAUACUUUCCGCGUGUGGAACCUUUUCGCCAUCAGCUUGCCUCCAAAUUUGGAAAUGAUUUCUUCCUCUGGUUUGGCCCAAUACCUAUGUUACAACUCUCAAAGCCACAAUCAAUUCGAGAGGCGCUGACCAAAACGCAGGAAAUACGCAAGGCAAAGGUAAACCCCAUCUUCGACAAGCUUUUUCCAGGGCUUGUCAGCUAUGAGGGAGAGAAAUGGACCAAACAUCGGAAGCUGAUCAACCCUGCUUUCCAUGUGGAGAAGUUAAAGCUUAUGUUACCGGCAUUCCGUGAUAGUUGUGAAGAAAUAGUCAACAAAUGGGAGAUGAUAGUAGCUGAAAGGGGUUCAGGUGAGCUAGAUGUGUACCCUGAUAUAAUGCAGCUUGGUGCUGAUGUGAUCUCUAGAGCAGCAUUUGGUAGCAACUAUGAGGAGGGACAAAAGAUAUUUGAACUCCUUAAAGAGCAGACUGAUUUAUCUCUUCUUAUGCUACAAUCUGUUUAUUUCCCAGGGAAGAGAUUUAUUCCAACACCAAGAAAUAGGAGGUUUAAAAAGCUAGAAGAUCAGAUACAUAGUUCAUUGCGUAAAAUUAUCAACAAGAGGAAAGAGGAAAUUGAUUGUGGAGGGGCUGUUAAGACUGACCUCUUGGGUAUACUCAUGGAUUCCAAUUCAAAAGAAAUUGAACAAGCUGCAAGCAGUAACAAGAAUCAGCAUGUUGGGAUGAGCCUUGAAGAUGUAAUUGAUGAGUGUAAACUACUCUACUUGGCUGGACAAGAAACUACAUCAACACUAUUAGUUUGGACAUUGAUAAUGUUGAGCAAGCAUCAAGAAUGGCAAACACGAGCACGAGAAGAAGUCUUGCAAACCUUUGGGCAAAAUGUGCCUGACUUUGAAGGUUUAAACCAUUUAAAGACAAUGACCAUGAUACUGUAUGAGGUGCUAAGACUCUAUCCACCAGUAAUGCAGAUUACCAGAUGGAUUCCUAAGGAUACAAAUCUGGGUGUAUUAUCAGUUCCUUCAGGCGCAAUGAUAACUUUCUUUGUGCAUACUGUUCAUCGAGAUCAGGAAUAUUGGGGAAAUGAUGCACAAGAAUUCAAGCCAAACAGAUUUGCUGAAGGGAUUUCCAAGGCAACAAAUGGGAACAAUUCAUUUUUUCCCUUUGGUUGGGGACCAAGAAUAUGUAUAGGGGAAAAAUUUGCAAUAACAGAAGCAAAAAUGGCAUUAUCCAUGAUUCUACAACGCUUUUACUUUGAGCUUUCACCAUCCUAUGUUCAUGCACCCAAGACUGUUAUUUUUCUACAGCCUCAACAUGGUGCUCAGAUAAUCUUACACCAGCUUUAAUGGUAUACAAGCAGAGAAUUCAUAUUAAUUUCUCCUAUUGUUGUUAUCCUUAUGAAAUUUCACCUCCUUAUCAGUCCAAGCAUUUGAAAUUUUAAAAAUUCAUUUGAGGCUUUGAGCUUUUCUUAUUAUCCAUUAAUAUGUAGAAAUGCAGUUGUCAGUAAUGCUAUGAUUUCUAAAUUUUUACCGUA